CACAAAGCGGCUGGGCGAAGCUUUAGCGGGGCUGCCGGUGUCUCGCUCCAACCCCAAAGCCAGAAGCGUUCCACGCCGCGGCAGCACAAAAGAGGCCGGAGCGGAUGGCGUUUCCAAAGACCAGCCAAGCCCUGUGGCCGAAGAUGCAUAGGAUAUUGGCAAUAGUUGUUUGGUGUUUUCUGCAAGUGGAAGGCAGGCAUCCAGAAAUAUUCACUGGUAGCAGCAGCAAUGGCAAUUUCUUGGACAGUGAUAAAUGGCUGAGCACUGUUUCCCAAUAUGACAAAGAUAAAUACUGGAACAAGUUCAGAGAUGAAGUCGAGGAUGAUUAUUUCAGAAACUGGAAUCCAAGCAAGCCUUUUGAUCAAGCUCUUGAUCCAUCAAAAGACCCAUGUUUGAAGGUAAAGUGCAGUCCACAUAAAGUGUGUGUCACUCAUGACUAUGAGACAGCCAUUUGUGUAAGCCGCAAACAGCUAGUACACAGCCUACGACAAAAGAAAGGAAAUCUUCCUCAGAGACAUUGGACUGGACCAGCUAAUUUAGUAAAAUGCAAGCCAUGUCCCCUUACACAUGCCAGCUCAGUUUGUGGUUCUGAUGGACAUAGUUACACAACCAAGUGCAAGCUGGAGUUUCAUGCCUGUACGUCUGGCAAAAACAUUGCAGUUCUCUGCGAAGGGCCUUGCCCAUGCCUUCCAGGACAAGAAAGUCCUAAACACAAAGCUGAGAAAACUGUUUGCACAGACAAGGAGCUGAGGAACCUUGCUUCCCGUUUAAAAGACUGGUUUGGUGCUCUUCAUGAAGAUGCAAAUCGUGUCAUCAAGCCAACAAUCUCUGAUUCAACACAAGGCAGAUUCGAUACAAGCAUAUUACCGAUCUGUAAGGAUUCAUUGGGAUGGAUGUUCAACAAGCUGGAUAUGAACUAUGACCUUCUCCUUGAUCACUCUGAGAUCAAUGCCAUUUAUCUUGAUAAGUAUGAACCAUGCAUUAAACCCCUCUUCAACUCCUGUGACUCCUUCAAAGAUGGGAAGCUUUCAAACAAUGAGUGGUGCUACUGCUUUCAGAAGCCUGGAGGUCUCCCUUGCCAGAAUGAGAUGAACAGAAUUCAAAAACUGGGCAAGGGGAAAGGCCUUAUGGGUGCUUUCAUUCCACGGUGCAAUGAGGAAGGCUAUUACAAAGCAACUCAGUGUCAUGGCAGUACUGGGCAAUGCUGGUGUGUCGAUAAGUAUGGAAAUGAGAUAGCUGGCUCAAGGAAGCAAGGGACUGUUAGCUGUGAAGAAGAGCAAGAAACCUCAGGGGAUUUCGGUAGUGGUGGAUCAGUGAUAUUAUUGGAUGAUUUGGAAGAAGACCAUAAAGCAGCAAAAAAGAACAAGGAAGGAAUACAGAAGAUUCAUGUAAGAGCAGCCAAUGAUGAUGACGAAGAUGAAGAUGAUGAUAAGGAUGAUGAAAUUGGCUAUAUAUGGUAGUUCCCAUAGCUCUGAGGACUCAUGUUUUGCACAAUAUCACAAGUCAUUUCAUAUCUCUACAAUGGUAACUGAAGCAUCAGACAUCACUUUCAGAGCUCAGUCUACAGCUGUCUGGGCCUUCCAGAAGGCACACAGAUCUCUCUCACAGCUGGGCUUCCCCAUUCACUUUACUGCUAGGGGACAACUCCACAAGCACAAUGGAGAUGAGCAUACAGAGCUGAUCCUGACAUUGAAGUGAACUGGGAAGACCGUGCAUUUGUGAAUGCUCCUUGUACAUGUGCAAAGACCUUGCACACGAGUGCAUUGGGGCUCUUGUACACAGGUAACUGCUGGAUGGUAACAAUAGUCUGUCUACCCCUCCCCCCAAUUCAAUUUGUACAGUGUGUUUAAUUUGGAAAGUAGCUUUCUUGCACCACUAGCUACUGUUUGGAAUAACUGUGAGCAUUGUUCUCUUUUGCCAGCAUGGUGACGCAUCUUGUUUAGUCAGAUUUUCAUAGCUUAAUUCAGUCAUGCAGCACAUGACAUUUCUGUUCAUGGAAUAUAGAACACAGCAGGGGAGUCAGUGCAUCAGAGCAGCAGUUCCAGAUUUCUCUUAAGUUGUCAGUACUGAAGUUUUCAAUGACUGAUUUCUUUGUGCCAUUUGUUAUUACUGUGCUUUGCGAUUUUAAGCAGGUGGUUCUCUCUCUUUUUUUUCUCCAUCUGGUACUUGUUAGGAAAUAUCAGCUCAGCAGUCUGGCUUGGUCACCCACUGACUUGAAGUCAGAAAGAAUUCAGGUUUAGUUUCUCCUCACUUCCUCUGACAAUGGUUGGCAGAGACCUAGUCAGGAACUCAGUGAAAUUCACCUCUCCUCCAUCUCAAGACUAAGACAGUUCAGGACAACAUCUCAGAUGAUCUUUUCUCCUAUUCAUUAAAUCAGUUCAGCUUAAAUUAAUCAAUAUGGACUUCAUUUUGAUACGUCUUGAUGGCACCCCUGGUCCCUUCCCACUUUUAGUGAGGCAAACAGGACCUGAAUAGUCUUUCAAAGCAUAUGAAGAAGAAAUGCUUUCCAUGUGCAUUUCUUUGUAUCUGUGCAGUCAUUCUGCAGGCUUUCAGGUCUUGCUUUGAUCAAGUUUGCACUAAUGCUAUGCAAGCUGCCUCUGCUUUCUGAAUAGCAUACCACUGGAUUUGCUGAAAAUGCUUUUUCUUCAUUUACUCUAAAAUGAUGCCUCAUUUGGAAGCACUGAAACUGUCAGAGGCACUAACCAUCUUCUUUCCUUUAAAUUGCUGAUAUUUAUUUGGAUUUUAAAAAAAUCUUGUGGUAGUUGUAUCUUUGGUUAUUAUCACUCUUGGUAAAUACAACAAGUGAUAGAUUUAUAAGGCAGAAGAAUAUGAUUAAAAUGAUUCUCUCAGUCUUCCCCACAGAGUUGGGUCUCCAUAGCAGCAUUCCAUUGUUGCUGUUGCCAUUCAAUGUGGAGAAAUGAAUAUGCUAUUGUGGAGGUUUUAUUAUGUUUGUUCCCCUUACAAGGUCAAAGCAUGAUAAUCCCAUAUGAAGAUUUAGGAGAAAGGAAAGAAUUUGUAACAAGGCCCAUGUUUUUCUCAUUAAAGUAACCCCAUACAAGUCUUAAAUUCUGCAAAUACUAAGGGCCACUUUCUGUUUUCUCUAUCAGGGCAAUUAUUGUGCCAUUACACCAAAAAUGAACAUCACCUGAACACUAUAAAGACAGCAUGUAUUUCUUUGAGAAAGAGCUACUUCUUAGUGUGAAAUUCUGUGCAGUGCCAUAGCAUCUACCUUCAGACUACUGUUUGUCCUGUAUACUACUAUGCUUAUUUACGCUUUUCAUGUAUUUUUGUACAGUGUACCAUAUAAGAUCUUCUGGUUAUAAUGAACCCCUUCCAGUGCUACUGCGAAAUGUCAUAAGGUUAACGUUUCAUUAUGCCUCUUUCCAUUGGUUUCAAUAUUUGCAGGGAGAGCCACCUAAAUUCAUUGACUUCAUUAAGUUUAAUAGUACUCCAUCAAGAUGGUAUCUCCUAGGUACAGUCUUUAGCAAGCAACCCUAAACACAGUAGAGUCAAAUAACUGAAUGAGCAGUUUAUACAGUUUCCAAAAAUAACACUUUUACAACUAUAAUCCAAGGAUGUACAUGGCACACAUUUUGAAACUCUUGUCAUCUCAUUACAAAGAUAUGAAGGGGGGGGGGGAGGAGGUCUGCUUAUUGACUUUAACUACAAAAGUGGGAAGCAUAUGGUUUAUGUUACUAUACUUCGUGCAGAUUCAAGUCCAGUAGCACCUUAGUGACCAAUAACAUUUCCAGGGUGUAAACUUUCAAGAGUCAAAGAUCCCAUCAGAUAUCUGAUGAAGAAAGCUUUGAUUCUCGAAAGUAAUACCCUGGAAAUCUUGUUGGUCUUUAAAGUGCUGCUUUAAGUCAUGCUCUUCUACUACCGAUACAGCUAGCAGCCUGUAACCAUAGUUUAAUUGGGGCUGGGAGCCUGCUGAAUGAAGUCCUUAGGCUUUACUUUGAUUGGGAUUCAAUGUCUAUACAUUUUAGCAACAGAUGGAUGAUGCAGUUUUAUGCUGGAUUCUGUAGCUUUCGAAGGCCCAGAGGGACAUGAGCUGUCACAAGAAUUGGGUUGAAGGUGCUUUUUUCUUUCUUCAUUCCCAUGCGGUGGGGCCUGGAAUUCUCCCAGAAUUACAUCUGAUUUGCUGACUACAGAGAUUAUAUCCCUUGAAGGAAAUGGCAGUUUCAGAGGCUGGUUCCUCUGGUGUCACAUGCCUGCUGAGUGCCCUUCCUUCCCCAAUCUCUAUCUAUCCCAGAGACUGCCCCCAAAAUCAAGAAAUUCCCCAAACUGGAGCUAUCAACCCAACCAUUCCAGUAAAGCUAUAGAACUGUUCUUGCACAUAACACUGUAAUAGCAAGGGAAAGAUGCUGAGUCAGCAGUUGCAACUUCAUGAGAAAUGGGACCAGCUUCAUAUCUGAGCAACUGUGCAAGGAUUACAAUUUCAUCACCUGGUAUUCUAUAAGAUACCCAGCUUACAGAGCAAUUCACAGAAUCAGGCAAAGGUGCCCAACUGAAAGUAAGUUAUUUGAAAUUAAUGCAGCUUGGAUGGGAUUGCUUCCAGACGAAAUAUAAAAAUGAUGCUAGCCACUCAAUGUCUGACAUAUAAAAUAGUGUGUAUUGUGCUUUUAAUCUCUAUUGGAAUUUUGAAGAAAGUACCCAAUUACAACCUGCAACCCACCAUAGUGGUUGCUUACUUACUUAAUUUAAUAAUAUCUGUAGUGGGUAAAUUCAUUGUUGUUGGGUACUGUGUUGGAUCAUUCAUUAUUGUUGGGUAACUAGUGGCUCCAUCCAGAAAGGGAAGUAAAUCUGUUGGUAGAAGUGGGACAUGGCCACACCAGCAGAUUUGUCCCCCUCCUUGGGCACUGGUCAAUCCACCACCAAGCGGCUGCCGCCACCCCAGUAAAACGCAGCAAAGGACACUAUACCAGCAUCCUUGAGCCCCUGCCAUCAGCACAGUGGGGGCAUUCCGGGCGUGUGGCUGGGGGAGGAACCAACUUUAGUUGACUCCCUCCCAGCUGUUCACCCAUUGCACCAACAGCCAGGACUGCUGACUUACACCACCAAAAUGGUGCUCUAAGUCUAUUCAGCUCCAUAGGGGUUUCCUGGUGGUGGAGAGGCUAUUCAGCACUUAAAGCCUUCCCAUGCUGUUGGGAAGCCUCUUUGGGGGUAGUUGAUGGGGUUGCCCAUUACUAUGAAGUGCUAUGAUUUGUUAAAUGCAUUUCAUUCCUCUUUGUGCAUGCACCAGAGUUAGAUUUCUGCCCUCAGAUUAUAAAAGGUCUCUUGAUACAAAAAAGAUUGCUGAAAUUGCUAAAUUGCUGUCAUUUUUGUAAUUAUGGGGCUUUUUAAGCAUGACAUAUUUUAAGACCUCAGCAUGUCUUUAUCUAAUCCUGGCAAUGGUCUUUUCCGGACAGCAGAAAUAAAGCAUCCUGCAGACAUUUUAAAAAGACCCAUUUGGCUUUUUGUGCUUGCUCUGUACAGACAAUGCAAGUGUUGUCAGCCAAAACAGUUCUUUCUUCCCACCUGCCGAUCGAUGGAGCUCUUGUCACUUUCAAAGUUGUGCUCGCCAUUUUGUGUGCUGCUGAAGAGAUUCCCUUGCCUCUGCCAUUUGGUGAGGUUUUCCAUGGAGGUUUCUUAUGCUUGCAGCUCAUCCACAAGCAAUUCACUGUGAAAAGUAAAUGAAUAAAGUUUGUUUUGCCUCGCAAUCCCAUGCACGUGUCCUUUUUCCUUUUUUUUUUUUGCUUUUGAGGAGGAUGUUUGCAAAACUACAAUGAUAUAAAUUCGUAUAUUGCAGGUUCUUGCAUCCUUCCUGCUUUUGUUCGCAAAGGCAAACAGGAAAUGUCUUCAACUCAAUUUCAGGGGGGGGAAAGAUUGCUAGUUUAGCAAUUAUUUUUUGACAAACCCAGGUUGAGAGAAAUAAAACAUUCUGAAGACAUUUGGGGGGAGAGAACUGUGCAAACUUCUUCCCCAAACAGCUUUAUAUAACAUCUUCAAGAUGUUAUAUUUCUGGUGUGUGGGAAAGACCUCAGAGAACAGCUUUCCCUGGUUCAAUCCCUUGUUGCUGGAGUGUGUAUAUGCAAAUUCCAGUCUAUGCUUAUCAGUUGUCCAGUUGUGGCUGGCAGUUCCCCACCUCAAUGCUCCAUUCUCCAUGUUCCGUCAAUGGAGCAUCAAAAUAAAAAAAAUAGAGAGAUUGAUGGCCCAGACCUGUGAUGUCAUGGCAAUAGUGAUGCUCCCCCACCCCCGGGCUCCACAACAGCCCCUUGUAAUGAUUCUGGAGGUUGACAGCACAGGACUGAUAGCCCGUUUCUAACCACAUGAGUCUAACCAGUUGUAUUGGUCUUCCCCAUCUCACCAAAUCCGCUCUCCCUUAAUCUCAGUUAAGUACCAUCAAAAUCAAUUGAAUCUAAAGUCACAUGCUACUACCAUAUCCUAUUGGUUUCAAUAAAAACAUUUUAACUGGGAGUAAAGGUUUGUCUGGUGACACUGUAGGAUCUUUUUUGUAGUAUUCAUGGUGUAUGAUCUCUUUAUUCACACAUCAAAUCCCUUUGACUUCUGAUUUUGUUUAUUUACAUCUCUGCUGUACUUAGAAACUGGUCCCUUUUGUGUUAAAAUCCUGAUAUUUCUUUUUGUUCAGGAUUUAAAUCUGCUGUGAUAUCAUGUUUUCACAUUGUUUUUAAAAAACGAGUUUAAAAGCCUGUAUGGGAAAUUUUAUGGCAACAGAGGGUGAUAUGAAAAUUACAUAGAAUGAUGAAUUCAGACACAUCUGUACUGGAUUGAUUGCCAAACAGAAACAACAAUUUUGAGACACUUAGUUCCAAGUAACCAGCAUAUCUACUACUAAGAGAAGCAACUUUGAAGAUAGCCCAGUUCAAACUUUCUUUUGUACAGCAUAUUUGCCUGGUUUCUGAUUGGCAGGGGCUGAUGGCAAUGGCUUCCUAAUUGGACCAAAAACUGCAAGGUCUUAAGCGCAUAGUACAGAAAUACAAUUUAUUAUUGUAAUUUCAGUAGGGGAACAUGGAACAGCAACAAUUAGAAGGAUUCUGUCAAAUUCUCAGUAGCAAUUUAAAGUCAACGGUAAUCCAUUAAAGCCCUUACCAACCCAUUAGAGCAGUGACGAAGAGAAGCAUGGUGAGCCUCCUUUUGUGGAGGGGGGGGGGGAAUAUGGAGUGUAAUCUUCCAGUCAGCAUUCAGGCAGUUUGUACUGCCUUUUGAAUCUUUUACUCCCUCAGAAAUGGGUUAGACAAAUAAGUUCUAGAAACCAGGAAAACAUGGUGACCACCUGAGGUAGAAAUAAGCAUACCUUUCUGACAACCUUUUGUUCCUAGAACAGCCAGUACAAUUCAAUAGCUAUGGCCAAAUCUCUAUCAGGCCAUAUUGCAAUUCAUUUUUCAUUAAAUAUCUAAAGGGAGAAAUUAUAAUAAAUAUACCUGUUUUGCCUAGCCAAAAUGCUAAUAGGCCUCCUAUCCUGUCUUUGUGGGAAAUGUGUGAUUUGUAAUUACUAGGGACUAUAAACUGCUACGCAUACAAAACAUAAUGGCACUCUGCUGUGCCAUAUUGCAAAAUCAUAAAACAGGGUCAUUUUAUUCAACACUAUAUAGGAUUUUGAUUUAGUGAUCUGAACUAGUAGCAGGUUCAUAGAGGUUACAAUAAACUGUGAUCUGUAUGUGUUCAAGUUCAAUGUGUUCCAGAUCAAGCCAUGUUCUGGACCUGUCUUCAAAAGCAGGGCUUUCAGCAGUUUUGUUUCAUUUACAUCUCUUGUAAACUUACUUUCUAAAAUAAUCUAAGCUACUCAAAACUCUUCUGCUUUAUUACCAGACAUUGCAAAAACUGCAACUGUUCCUUGUUGGCAGUCAGUUUUGACAGCACUAAUCAUCUGUUUGGGGAACAAGUGUAGAGAAUUAGCCAACAGUGCUGCUUACAUUUUGGUAGGAAGAAAUAAGGGCAUGCCUGAAAAUCUGAUUGGAUGGAAAGAUCUUCACAUGCAGUAGCAGGGAUGCAGGAGAAUGCUGCAUACCACACCCAGGGUAUUCAUCUAGGUUCUCUUGUAGUAACUUUGGGCUAGUCACAAUUCUCUCAGAACUCUCUCAGCCCCACCUACUCACAAGGUGUCUGUUGGGGGAGAGGAAGGGAAGGAGUUUGUAAACCACUUUGAGCCUAUUAAUAGUAGGGGAAAGCGGGUAUAAAUCCAAACUCUUCCUAUUGUUCUAGUAAUUAUUUUGAUUUAAGCCCACUUCAGUCCAUCACCAAGCUUUCCCAACUCCACAAGAUCAUCACUGCCCUCACAACAAAGUGCAGUGAUAGCAAAUGGCUAUGCACAUUUAUGAAGGGCUGCACUUACCUGUCUAUGGUCCAAGGUGUUCCUGAUCUUUAAUUGUUCAGAGGACUAGAUGAAGAAUCUGUUUGAGCUCGGCAGGGAGAGUUCUUCCAUCUCAAUAUAUGCUCCAUAUUUAUUAGGCUCAGCAUAGGAAUAAUAUUAGGUUUCUGUACAGAAUAAAGGAAGGUAGAUAAGGUUCCAGUAAACUCCACACACAUUGGCAUCUGAUCGGAUGCCAGCAAUGCUUCAACUUCUGGGUAUAGCCACACCACAGCUGUGAGGUGGUGAAUGCUGGCACACUGGCACACCAGUGGGGCUGCCCCUUUUGCAGCAGAAAGAGUAAACAUUCUGGCACAUGGCUGUGCCGUUCCCCCAGGCUCUUUCAGACCUUCCCCCUCCCCCGGAUUAGGCUGUAAGCCUUUAUGCUGUCACAAAACAUUCUUCCAAAUCUCUCUAUCAUUACAGCCUUUAUUUGUGAUUUUUUCCAGUGAGGCUUGUUAUAUGAAGAAACCAAUGUAACAAUCUAAUACAUUAUGUAAGAGCACAGAUGCAUGUACAAAAACUUCAUCUAAAUCAGUGGCAUUCAACAUGUGCAUUUAAGUGUAGAAUAUGGUCGUAGACAGUUCAUGCUAUGUGUUUGUUGCAUGUUACCUGCCUUGAUGUGAAUGGCUUGUGCAAAGCUCUCAGCCUAAGUUAAGCUUAAAAAAACAGAAAGAAAGAAAUCUAAGAAUGUAUUCAAGAUGCCUCCUAAAAGUCAAAACCACAUAAUGAUUACCUGUGUUUACAAAUCAGAAACAUAAGUUGGAAUAGCAUACUCAGUACAGAUACUAGGGUGGAUGCUUGAUAUUUUCUGUGAAUUUCGAUGCAUUGGUCAGUUUUGUGACUGUUUUGACAAAGUGUCCAACCUGCAACUCAAGAAGCGUUAAUGGCAUCACCUUUUCAAAGAUGUGUUCAAUCCUAAUCUAGACACAUGAUGAAUCAUUUCCAUGACUGUAUCAUCACAGACCCUCUGAAAAGAACCAUCUGUGUUGACUUCGAUAUGUAAAGAAAAAAAGGCUGCUAAUAUACAUCAUGAGUUAAACAAGAUUCAUGAAAAUCUUGCUACAUAUUUUUUAAACUCCACUAUGACUAUGCCGAACGUUUGUCUGUAAUAUUUAUAUAAUUUGAAAGUAAAUCUUCGGGUACAUUGGAAUAAUUUUAUGAAUCAAUAAAAUAGAAUAUCAGCACUAGCUAUCAGAACAAUACAUUGGCUACAUUACUGGUUCGUAAUUAGCACCAAUUUCUAAAUGGUGCAAGUAACUGCCAUUAAAUUCAUUCAGCAGAGUUCUUUCUCUUGCUCUUUCCUCUCAUUUCAGGGUAUGCUUUAAAAAAAGAUAUUUCAGUACAUUAAAAUAUUAAAGAAAUGAGACCUUUAAUUCUGUAUGUGGUAGAUCCACUGGCUAUUAAAUCCUAUAGCAGAAUUCAGUAUCCCAUAUGACAAUGAAGCUGCCAGGUGAAGCUUUUAACUUGCCUGUAGCUUGAGUUAAUUUCUGUUUCCAUUGGAAGCUAAAAUAUUCAAUUUCCUUCACCUCAUUGACCUUACAAAAGUUGUAAAAGAUGGAAAGCAAAGAAACCUUCCUACAUUAUGAAAGACCCAGGUCAGCACUGCUACCCUCAAGCCAUUUAGGCCCUUAUUUUAAAUGGGACCACUUUCAAAUGGGUACACUUAGAGGAUUGCAUCCUAAUUUUGUCACAGAAUCCCUACCUCCAAAAACAUUAGGAAGCCUCCUUAAGUUUUUGCAUUGUGCUUUGGUAUAUUAUUUUGAUAGACUGCUUUCACAAAAGAUAAUAUUUGUUCACUUUCAACUCAAUUGUGUUGAAUAAGGCUUUUUGCAAUUUUUUUAAACCUAUGAUUUAAAACCAAUAUUCUAGCAGUCCCCCAGCACAUUGUGAUAAGCUCAUUGGAUUUUUCACUUGGAGUGUGACAAGGGAAUACUUGGGGAUACUUUUGACUAAAAUCAGUGAAAGAGAGAUGUUUCAGGAAACAUGUCACCUCUGUGCUGAACAAUAGAAUAUCCAUUUAUGUAAAUGUUUAUUUUACAGUUAGUAUUUCAGUGUGUAAUAUUCAUGUUUGAAGCAAUGCAAUUUGUUAGUGGGUUCUUUUUGUUUCUUUCUUCCUUUUUGCAGACAUUUGGUGUAGGAAUGCUUAAAUAUUAAAAGUUUCACAUUAUUCUCCUCUAGGCAGCAGAUGGACUUAAGAUACAAUCACGCACUUUUAACUGCCAUUGAUAUUGGUGGCAGAGUUAAGCAUCUGAUUGAUUUUCUCCCAUGGAAACCAAUGGGACUUGCUUAAUUUGGCUGCACUGUGCCUAUAGAAUCUAAAGGCAUCAGUAGCAACAGACCAUUCAGUAUCUCAACAUUUUCAUAUCCUUUGUUGGUUUUCACUGCAGUCUCUUCUUUCUGCCAUACUGGUUUCUUUAAUGCAUAGACUGCUUUGUACGGUUAAUACACAUCAAAGAGCCCUUUCUACAGUAGGUGGUACUUGGUCUUUUUAUACUUUUCUUAAUGCUGCUGAUGUCUGUUACUGUUUAAUGUGUAUGGUUGUAAGGAGAGAUCCAAAUAUUAAGUGUUUAAGUUUUAUGUCCCUACUGUAGAUGGAAUGGACAAUAUCAUAGUUAGAGUAGCAUAGUAAAUUAUGAAUGCUUUUUUGCUCAUGAAAACUUAAAUGGAAUGUGAACAUUUUGCUGAUUUCUUUGGUUAAUUGUAAAUGCUGAAUUGUAGUCCUAAAUAGUUGCAUUUUUGUCUGUCUCAAUAAAUUUUAAUUUGUCUGCGA